CCCGCGGGCGGGCUGUGGGCCAAGCAAUGCCGAGGGACAUCGGCUCCAGGGUGGGGGCUCCACGGUGCUCUACGAGCCUCACUCGAACCCAGUCCCAUGCGGCCAGCGCCCCACCACACUGAAGCCAAAAGGCACAGGACCACCGCUCUGCCCGCCCGUGACGGAGAAGGAACUUGAGGCGCAGCGCGGCUCCGGGGACCUGAGGGCUCUCUCAGGGCGUAGGGCUCCGGGCCGCCACCGCCACCUCGGCCCCUGCCGGCGCCGCCGCCUUUCCCGCCCACCCCUCGCCAUGUCCGAGGAGCUCUCGGCGGCCACGUCCUACACGGAAGAUGACUUUUACUGCCCUGUGUGUCAGGAGGUGCUCAAGACGCCGGUGCGGACCGCGGCCUGCCAGCACGUUUUCUGUAGAAAAUGUUUCCUGACUGCAAUGAGAGAAAGUGGAAUACAUUGUCCCCUAUGUCGUGGAAGUGUCACUAGAAGAGAAAGAGCAUGUCCGGAACGGGCCUUAGAUCUUGAAAAUAUCAUGAGGAAGUUUUCUGGUAGCUGCAGAUGCUGUUCAAAAAAGAUUAAAUUCUAUCGCAUGAGACAUCAUUACAAAUCUUGUAAGAAGUAUCAGGAUGAAUAUGGUGUUUCUUCUGGCAUUCAAAACUUUGCAGACAAGAUUUCUCAAGAUUCAGUAAGAAACAG